GGAGGGGGAGGAGGUUUAAAAAAAAAAAAAAAAGGAGACGAAGAAGAAGAGGAAAGAAAGAGAUCGCGGCAGGGGGAAGGGGAGCGGACGGGAAGCGGUUUUCGCCGACUCGGGACCUGCCGCCGGCGUGCGCGAAGAAUGGCGGCGCUCCCCGGCACGGUACCCAGGAUGGUGCGGCCGGCUCCCGGGCAGAACUACCCUCGCACGGGGUUUCCCCUGGAAGUGUCCACCCCGCUUGGCCAAGGCCGGGUCAAUCAGCUGGGUGGGGUCUUCAUCAAUGGGCGACCCCUGCCUAACCACAUCCGCCACAAGAUCGUGGAGAUGGCCCACCACGGCAUCCGGCCCUGCGUCAUCUCUCGCCAGCUGCGCGUCUCCCACGGCUGCGUCUCCAAGAUCCUCUGCCGCUACCAGGAGACCGGGUCCAUCCGGCCUGGGGCCAUCGGCGGCAGCAAGCCCAGACAGGUGGCGACUCCGGAUGUGGAGAAAAAGAUCGAGGAGUACAAGAGGGAAAACCCGGGCAUGUUUAGCUGGGAGAUCCGAGACCGACUGCUGAAGGACGGGCACUGCGACCGCAGCACCGUGCCCUCAGGUUUAGUGAGUUCGAUUAGCCGAGUGCUCAGAAUCAAGUUCGGGAAGAAGGAGGAGGAGGACGAAGCGGACAAGAAGGAGGAGGACGGCGAGAAGAAAGCCAAGCACAGCAUCGACGGCAUCCUGGGCGACAAAGGGAACCGUCUGGACGAGGGCUCAGACGUGGAGUCAGAACCCGACCUCCCUCUGAAGCGUAAGCAGCGCCGCAGUCGGACCACAUUCACGGCCGAGCAGCUGGAGGAGCUGGAGAAGGCCUUCGAGAGGACCCACUACCCAGACAUCUACACCCGAGAGGAGCUGGCGCAGAGGACCAAGCUGACCGAGGCGCGCGUGCAGGUCUGGUUCAGUAACCGCCGUGCCCGCUGGCGUAAGCAGGCAGGAGCCAACCAGCUGGCAGCAUUCAACCACCUUCUGCCAGGUGGCUUCCCGCCCACUGGCAUGCCCACGCUGCCCCCCUACCAGCUACCGGACUCCACCUACCCCACCACUACCAUCUCCCAAGACGGGGGCAGCACCGUGCACCGACCCCAGCCGCUCCCGCCGUCCACCAUGCACCAGGGGGGCCUGGCCGCGGCGGCCGCAGCCGCGGACACCAGCUCUGCCUACGGAGCCCGCCACGGCUUCUCCAGCUACUCCGACAGCUUCAUGAACCCGGCGGCCGCCUCCAACCACAUGAACCCCGUCAGCAACGGCCUGUCGCCUCAGGUGAUGAGCAUUCUGAGCAACCCCAGCGCGGUGCCGCCGCAGCCCCAGGCCGACUUCUCCAUCUCGCCGCUGCACGGCGGCCUGGACUCCGCCACCUCCAUCUCGGCCAGCUGCAGCCAGCGGGCGGACCCCAUCAAGCCGGGAGACAGCCUGCCCACCUCGCAGUCGUACUGCCCGCCCACCUACAGCACCACCGGCUACAGCGUGGACCCCGUGGCUGGCUACCAGUACGGCCAGUAUGGCCAGACUGCUGUUGAUUACCUGGCCAAAAAUGUGAGCCUGUCCACACAGCGUCGCAUGAAGCUCGGGGAGCACUCGGCUGUGCUGGGACUCCUGCCUGUGGAAACUGGCCAAGCUUACUAGGGCCCCUGGGGCGACUUGCCCCAGCCUGAGUCCCAGCCUAACCCUUACUGAUCCCUGAGCCUCCCAUCCUCAGUCCCUCCAUCGCCCUGGGGUCCCUGGAGGCCAGGGAGGGAGCCCAUUCCCUUCCUGUGGCCAGCCCUCUGGAGACAGGCAGCCUGCCCACUGUUCCUCUGUGGUUAGGGACCUGGAGUGACCCCUGUGGAGCCUGCCUCUUCACUCUCCCCACUGGAGGGUCUCUGGUAACCUGCCGUCUUGCCCCAGCCAAAUUCUGACAUGGCCUCUGUCAUCUCAGACCCAGAGACCACAGCUCACCCUGAACAGAGCACCUGGGGCAACCAAAGGAGAACGCUGUCUGGGAUGAGGUCCAGGAGCCCUUUGACCCCAGUGCCAGUGGGUCCCCUGGUCAGACAUGGAGCCCACGGGGCUGAUCUCGGUGGCAGUGCCAGGAGCCAGCCCUCCUGGUGGGUCUCUGGCUCAGGGCCUGAACCACAGCUCGUCCUCCUUAGCAAAGGAGGGGGGCCCUUGGCCCUGGGCUGCUUCCAGGAAUCACCCACGAAUUCUGAGAUCUUCAGGACUUCUCCACACACCUCUGCUGGGUGGAGGGGGGAAAUCUAGCCCAAGCAAGGGGACUGGGAGGACCAGGAAGAAGCUUAGCCAAGGGGGCAGGGCCACAUGGGUGGGGCUUGUUGGCAGUGGGCUGGUCCAGGGUACCAGGACCCAGGCCGGGUAUUCGGAAGCAGCUUUAGGCUCUAACACUGAAGCCCUGGUUCCAACCUUGCCCACCUUGGGUGGGGUCUGGGGAGCACCCAGAGCCUCCAGUUUCCUCAUUUGCUGAAUCAGAUGGCAGGGGGAGGAGACCAAGUCUUGACAACACGUGAGCGAUGAGGCAGGCUCAGAGGAGGGUUUCAUAACGGGUUGCUCUGCUUGUGGGCGGCAAACCUUUGUUGCCAAAGGCUUCAGCGGUCUGCCUUCAAGUCCACACCCCAUGGAGCAUCGAUUUCUCACAAAGCCUCCUUCAGAGACCUGGGCCCAUCCCCUGAAUGCCCUGCCCUCUAGGAAGGGCGCCUCCAUCUGCUCUAGAAAAUGGUUCUUGGACCAUCAGGGACUGCUUGCCCCACAGACAAGACCACAGAGUCCCCUUGGCAUUUGGGGGGCAGGAGGGGCAUGUCCCUGUCCCACCCAGACUGGCAUCUUUCAGUGUUGACCCGUUCUCAGCUGAGAUGGCUUUGUCUUCUGAUCCAGCAGACCUGGGCGUGGAGAUGUGGUCAGUCUUUGAGCCACGGCCCCUGGGCAGAGAGGGGCACCAAAGGUUCUGGAGAAGAGGGCAAGGUCAUCUUCCAGGGCCACUCCAGUGGCUCUCCCCAACUGCCUUCUCUUUACAUGUUGAGACCUUUGGGGAGUGGCUCAGGCCCCUGACUACGGCCUCCGUUGUAACUCUUCCCUUUACCCUUGAUCAAAAUUAUAUUCAUCUUCAUCUCCAUCAUCAUAAUCUACACGUGGAUCACCUGCAUCAAGUCCUGCUGGGUCAAAGGCACUUGAGACGGGAGACAGCGCUGAAUCUGCAUAGACCGGACCAAAUUGCUUGGCCCCUGCUGGGCACCUGGCACCACCUCUUUGCUCAACUCACACGUCGCCCUUAGCUCACAGGACAUUCCCAGAGGGAAAGGCUGCCGCUUUGGGAAUCAACCUGAGCUCCUCCUUUCUGGGGAACUGGAUUAGCAAGAUACUAGGACAGUUCCCUGCAUGGACAUCACCUCUGUGACAAACGCUCUCACCUACUUGCCGUCUUCAGACUCAGCAUCUCAGGCCUGUCCUGCACCACGACCAAGGCGGCCUGUGUCUCUGGUUUUCGAGGAGCCUAUGACUAACUGGGGACAAACACUCUUUGGUAGCAGUGGACACCCAGACACGUGCGGCCCAUCAGGGUGAGCCGAAGUUCAAUGGGAGCACCCAAGGCAGGAGACGCUGGGCUCUUCAAGCUCUGGACAGAGGGAAGGAUGCGUGCUGCCCGUGGGUGGCCCGGCCGUGCUUUUGUAGCUCUCACAGCCAGGAAGCAGUUCUUCCUUAAGCUGGACUACAGUCUUCAUCCACAUUCCUUGAAUGGUCAGUCUUUCCCUCUGGAAGCCGGUCUCAGCCCUCCGCUGCAUCUCCUUAUACCCUGGGUUUUCCGGGAGCAGCAGGGAUCUCAGGCUGGUCACCUCAAAACCACCCAGGGCCCCCCACCCCCGGAAGUGACAUUCCAAUGCUAGGACCAAUCCCAAAUAUCUGCCUCCGAUGGCAAAACGGGUGUAAACCAAAUGACUUCUCCUUACGUCCAUCUUCUUUGGAGUUCUCCCAAGCGACCAUCUUGGUAGAAAGUGGGACUUACUCCCCCAGGGGCCCCACCCUUCUCAGAAAGAAGCCCUGACCCUAACAGGUUUUUUCCUAAAACCUAGUGUAUUGAUGUACCUAACCAACUCAGUCUGUAAAAUUCCGUCUGGUGUUGGCAGCUUGCAGCUUCACCAGCAAGAUGAUACUGGAUGAGAAUUAUAAAAGGUUCCAACUCUUGAGGGUUGACCACAGGCUGAGAAAGAAGGUCUGAAUCCCAGUGGCAAGGCUGGCCCAGGAACGAUCCCGCUCCAGCCCUGUAAAUAGAGUCCAUCGCGAAAUAAAACAUGCUUCCUCCAACUUCUCACAAGUAGCUGUUGGUCCUACCUAUGGGGGCCCCUCUUCUGGACUCCUUGUACAUUAGUUGGAAACGUGGUGAUGUGCUGUUCGUUUAUAGGAAGUUUUAUAAAUAUAUAUAUAAAUACUAAAAAAAAAAAAAAAAGGACCGAAAACCCCCACAGUGCGUGUCGUGCUAGCGCCAGGGACCAUCUGUAGGGAUAUAUCUGCAUAUCGUGUGUUUCAAAUUAUACAUUCCGGGCUCUGCUGGGUUUUUUCAUUUUUAUUGCUUUGUUUUUCACUUGGUCUUUCUCUCUUGCUAUGAAAAAAAAAAAAGUGAUGUGUAAGAACCAAGCUAUGUUUUAUUUUUUACUCGUAUGUUUUCCUUGAUUUACAUUUGCCGUUCUUUUGCCAGAGGAACGUGAAGGAGGAGAGAGAUGUUGGUGGGGAGGAUGAAAGAGAAGGAGAGAAUAAUCGAGAGAGAGGUUUGCCCAGAAGGAAAACGAGAAGGUCAGAUUUUCCAUCUGGUGGUGGCCUGAGAACAAGGCAGAUUCAUGACUCUGAUCACUCCACCGAAAUCCUGUGUUGUUGGACCUGGAGCGGGCAGUGCGUUCAGAGAUGAGGAUCCAGGACUCUGGGAAACCCCACGAUGGCCCAAAAAAGACACGACACUCUGGGGCCUCUCUCGGGUUGAUAGUCUCCUCAGGCCCCCCAACGUGCCCCGCACUGCUGGAUGCUUUUUGAGGCCGACUGACCUUCUCCUUCCCCUCCCGCAGAGGCACCACAGCCGAGGCCAAAUGGGGGUCCUCCAGCCGCCAUCUUCAAUUGUCAGAGACAUCUGCGUAUCGAUAAGGCCAAUCCCAACCCGGGAACUAUCUGCAUAGCACUCUAGAUCAUUCCUUCUUCCUAGUAACGGCAACUUGGUUGCUUCCGUGUUUGACUCACAGCCAUUUUCCUCCAUGUGGGAGUGAGUGUGUGUGCAUGAGAGUGUGAGUGGGGUGUCCGCGUGGGUGCGAAGGCGUGUGUUUAAGUAUAAUCGCACCAUAAUUUAUUCAGCUAUAUGGAGUAGUAGACUAGAAAGAGAAACUGGCAUUUGCUUUAACUACCUGCUUGUAAGCGCUUCCUCUGUAACUCAGGCGUAACUGUUACAUAUACAUUAAAAAGAAAUUAAAAGCA